UGUGUUCGUUAAAUCUUGCCCAGGAAGUCAAGAAGAAUGGAAAUAUCGGGCAGCAAGAAAAAAUUGUUCAAAUAUGCCCCAGUCCUGUGUGACAUCAGAGGAAUUUUUAUACCACUGUCUGAUUAAUGAAUUCAUUAAUGAUACACUAGAAGUAUGUGCACCGGAAGCUAUCAUAUUAGGUCAAAACUGUGCAGAAUUCAACAUGCAUGGGGCAGUUAUUCAGGAUAAUCCUUAUGCUAAAUGUAACGACUCAGUUCAACCUUGUCCAUUUAGGUACAGCUCAACAGAGUCCUAUAAAUAUAAAAAAUGUUACGAUUACAUCAAAAGAGAGGUCAACACAACAAGAGACCAAAACAACUGCAGAAGUGAAUUAAAUGUAUGGCUUAUAAUUUCAAUAAUAUUAAUGGUUCUGUACGUUAUAUCUAUAAUUGGAGCUAUACUGCUGUUCAGAUAUAGGGUACCCUGCAUGGAAAAACCAACAGAAUCACCAGAUGACGACAAACAAGGAGUAAAAUUUAGUGACAUUUCAAAGAAAGAUAACGACGCGAAUGACGAGGAGGUCGGACCAAAAACCCCACUUAUCAAAGAUGAACAUACAAAUGAAGAGGGUAAAGAAGGCCCAUCAUCCUCAAAACCUUCUCAACGUCCAACGAGAACUAAAUGGGUAUCAUCGAUUUACAUUGGUGACAAAUAUUGUGGACUGGCCUACUUAAACCCUAAUUCUCCGGAAGAUGUUAUACCCGUUGGAAAUGUCGAAAGAAUCGGUGUUCUCAUGAAUGAAAAGGGGAAAGUAGAGGAAUUUGGAGACAACGCUCGCGAAAAGUAUAUUGAAAAUUGCGAAGGAAGCGACAAAAGUGUGUUUUUAGAUGAACUGGAAAUUGAUAAAAAAGUGACAGAGACUGGAAAGAAAAAAAAUGGAAACAACAAAAAUUUAUCAGGAAAUGAUCCGUUAUUUGCGUCGGAGGAUUUACAAAGAAAUUUCAACAUCGAAAGAUAA